AUGUCGCAUAUCUCACGAACGCCCAGCGCGGCGAGUCAUGUGGAAACGUACAAGUUGGUGGUGGUGGGGGCCGGCGGAGUGGGCAAGUCGUGCCUGGCGGUCCAGCUGGUGCACCAGGUGUUCGAUGACAGCGAGGAGUACGAUCCCACGAUCGAAGAUGCCUACGUGAAGCAGGUGGAGGUCGACGACGUGUUGUGCCGACUCGACAUCCUCGACACGGCGGGCCAGGAGAACUUCUCGGCCCUGCGCGACCAGUACCUCAAGGACGGCGAUGGGUACCUGAUCGUCUACUCGGUCAUAGAGCGCGCCACCUUCGAGGAGGCGGCCAUCUUCCGCACCCAGAUCCUGAGGGUGAGGGAGCUGCCAGGGGUGCCCAUCAUGCUGGUGGGGAACAAGUGCGACCACGCGGCCCGCAAGGUGACCACCGCCGAGGGCGAGGACCUGGCGCAGUCCUUUGGCUGCCCCUUCCUGGAGUCGUCAGCCAAGCUACGGAUCAACGUGGAACGAAUCUUCUUCGAUUUGGUGCGAGAGAUUCGGAACCAGCGGGCGCUCAGUUCGGAGAAGCCCAAGGACAGGCCCAGGAAACUCACCAGUAAGUGUCAACUCUUCUGA